AUGACUACUGCAGCUCCUACGACAACUGCAUCUCCAACGACACCCGCAGCACCAACAACAACAGCAGCUCUUACUACAACAACUGUAGCUCCUACGACCACCACGACAACAGCAUCUACUACUACAAAUGCAGCUCCUACAACCACUGCAACUGCAGAACCUACCACGACAUCCGCUGCAACUUCCACUACAACAAUUGCUGUUCCAACGACCACUACAAUUGCAGCACCUACUGCAAUAACUGCAACUUCAGCUCUUAAGACAACUAUAACUACCUCACCUACUACGAGAACUGAAGCUCCUACGACAUCUACUGUAGGUCCAACGACCGCUACAACUGCAUCACCUACUACGACAACUACAAAUGCAGCUCCUACGACAACCACAAAUGUAGCACUUGCUAUAACAACUGAAGGUCCUACAACAAGUGCUGCUUCUCCGACAACUGCAGCUCUUAUGACGACUACUGUAGGUCCUACGACCACUACAACUGGAGCUCUUACGACCACUACAACUGCAUCAUCUACUAUGACAACAACAACUGCAGCUCCUACUACAACAACUGCAGCUCCAACGACCACUACAACUGCAUCAUCUACUACGACAACUUCAACUGCCGCUCCUACUAUAACUGCAGCUCCUACGACAUCUGAAGCUCCUACGACAACUACAGCUCUUACAACCUACUACGACAACUACAACGGUAUCUCCUACGACAACCGCAACCGCAACACUUACUAUAACAACUGCAGUUCCUACAUCAAGAGCAGCUUCUAUGACAACUGCAGCUCCUACAACCACUGCAGCUGCAGAACUUACCACGACAUCCGCUGCAACUUCCACUACAACAAUUGCUGUUCCAACGACCACUGCAAUUGCAGCACCUACUGCAAUAACUGCAACUUCAGCUCUUAA